AUGAAUAACGAAGACUCUCUAUCCUAUUCUUUUGGUAGGAUGAUGUUAAAUCAACAACAGCAUCACCACCAACAACAAAAUAAUACUCAAGUACAACAACAACAACAGCAACAUACAACACAGUUCAAUCAAGUUAGAUUUGGUGGCAAUUAUCAUCAACAACAUCAACAACAACAACAUCAUCAACAACAACAUCAUCAACAACAACAACAACAACAACAACAACAACAACAACAACAACAACACCCACAACAAUAUAUAUCCCCAACAUUUAGCUAUGUUCAUAACAAUAGCAACACCAGUAUUACCCAUGGUAAUUUAUAUGAUAUAGAUGAUAACCAAAUAGAUAAUGUUAAUAUUAUUAGAGGUGGAAAUAGAGGAUAUUAUAACCAACAACAACAACAACAUCAACAUCAACAACAACAAUAUUAUCAUGAACAACAACAACAACAUUUUAAUAUCAACAACAAUAAUAAUAAUAGUAAUAAUAAUAAUAAUAAUAAUAAUAAUAAUAAUAAUAAUAAUAAUAAUAAUAAUAAUAAUAAUAAUAAUAAUAAUAAUAAUAAUAAUAAUAAUAGUAGUUUAAUAACAAAUAGUCAUCAUGCACAGAGAAUCGUGAGUCCAAUAGUAAAUGGUAUGACAAGUAGUAGUGGUAGUAAUAUGAUGAUUAAUGAUGUUAGUUUUGGUAUGAAUGGUAUUAGUAGCAUCAAUGGAAUCAGUAUAAAUAAUGGAAGUGGUGAUAUAGAUGAGGAAGAUGAUAAACUAUUGGAUGAACAACAACAAUUACUUCAAAGAUCUUUAGAGAGAUUAAGUGAUGGUGAAGAGAUUUCAUUUGGAAAUCCAAAUUACUUCUUUCAUCCAUUCUCUGAGAGAAAUAUAAAUGGUUUACCAAGUACAAAUUCUUCAAUAGUUUCAAGACAACAACAAUUACAACAACAACAACAAAAAUUAAAAUUAAAAUCUUCCCCUUCACCAAUUUCACCAUUUUUCUAUACACAACAACAACAACAACAGCAGCAACAACAACAACAACAACAACAACAACAACAACAACAACAACAGCAACAACAGCAACAACAGCAACAGCAACAACAGCAACAACAAAAUACGUCAAUCAAUGGUAUUAUUAAAAUUGAUCAAACACCACCAACACCUCAAUAUAUUGCCAAUCCAUCAGUUUCACCAUUAAAUGCACCAAUUUCAUCACCAGUUUUGGGUGAUAUUUAUAGUGGCAACAAUAAUAACAAUAAUAUUAACACAAAUAAUUAUAGACAACAACAAAAAUUAAAUACUAGCACUGGUAGUUAUCAAAAUAUGUCAUUUGAUGCUGGUGUUAAUGGAUUCAAUUGGAGUCCAUCUUUACAACCUGAUCAAUCAACCUCAACAAAUCACACCCAAGCAAUGUUACAACAACAACAACAAAGACAACAACAACAACAACAACAAACACAAAACCUUAGAUCAUUGGUCAAGUGUUGUAAAACCACCACCUAUUCAAUUACAACAAAACUCAAUGCAACAAAACCCAAUACAACAACAACAACAACAACAACAACAACAACAACAACAAAGCCUCUUACAACACCAACAAAUGUUACAAAUGCAAAUGCAAAUACAACAGCAACAGCAACAGCAACAGCAACAACAGCAACAGCAACAGCAACAACAAAAUCAACAACAAAACCAACAACAGAAUCAACAACAAAAUCAACAACAAAAUCAACAACACUAUCCAAAGUAUUACUAUCAACCGAUUUUAAACAAUAA